AUGCGCACCCUCACAGUCCCCACUACGGCCCUCCGAGCCUCUCGCUCGGCGAUCAAGUCAGCUCCUCAGAAACGAAGUCUCCAGGACAUCGCCAUAACACGAACUGGCAAGCCUAUCAUAAGGUCGCAGGGUGGUAGAUCGUCUGUAGGGGGCAAUACAGCUACUGUUUUUGGCGCCAAUGGCUUUCUAGGUCGAUACAUUGUCAACAGGUUGGCUCGGCAAGGAUGUCAGGUUGUGAUUCCAUAUCGAGAGGAGAUGUCCAAGCGACAUCUCAAGAUCGCUGGAGAUUUGGGCAGGGUUACAUUCAUUGAAUUCGAUUUGAGAAAUACACAAUCGAUCGAAGAGGCUGUCAGACACUCGGAUAUGGUCUUCAACUUAAUCGGCAGAAACUGGCCAACCAAGAACUUCAGUUUGUUCGACGUGAAUGUGGAAGGUGUGGAGAGGAUAGCCGAAGCGGCUGCCAAAUACGACGUCGAUAGGUUUAUACACAUGUCUUCCUACAACGCAAACCCCAAGUCAGAGGUCGAAUUCUUCAGGACCAAGGGCUUGGGAGAACAAGUUGCUAGAAAGCUUUUCCCAGAGACCACAAUUGUGAGACCAGCGCCCUGCUUCGGUUUCGAGGACAGACUAUUGCACAGACUUGCAGGUGUCACUAACCUCAUAACGGUCAACAACCUGAGGGAGAGGUUCAAUCCAGUCCAUGCCAUUGAUGUCGGUAUGGCACUCGAAAAAAUUGGCUUCGAUGACACAACCGCUGGCGAGACCUUCGAGCUUUACGGCCCAACUAACUACAGCAUGGCAGAACUAGCUGAACUUGUCGAUCGCGAAAUCAUUCACAAACGUCGACACAUUAACUUGCCCAAGAGGGUUUUGUCGCCAAUCUUAUAUUACCUCAACAAGGCCGUCUGGUGGCCCGUUGGCAGUCCACAAGAACUAGAGGUGGAAAUGGUCGACCAAGUCAUCGACAAGGCUGCGAAGACAUUCGCUGAUCUUGGUAUCGAGCCUGCUGAGUUGCAGGACUUGACUUAUCACUACUUGCAAGAUUACCGAUCCAGCAGUUACUACGAUCUGCCUCCAGCCACUGCACGGGAGAAGAAAGACGAAAAGAAGUACUUGCAUGUCAUUGAUGAUCAAUGA